UGCGUUUCGCAAAUUCAAAAACUUCAAAGCUCUACAUAAUAAUUUUUAAAUAAAUAAAAAGCAAUGGUACAAUUCGAUUACCAUUCAGCUCGCACGCGAAGCCGAUUACCGGUUAAAUUUUUCGCUCUUACAAAAUCAACCCUUUCGGAUUGAAAACGAAGUGCGAUUCGUACACGCAGUCGACGCGUGAGCGUAAGCAGUAAUCAUAACGACGCGAGAUGUUGCAAUUUUUCGGCCGAAAAAUCAAACGUUGCCACUGCGGUACAUAAAUGCAAGAACACGGUGGACGUGCGUGUGUGUGAUUCUUUGAGAUAUCGACGAGUUUAUUACAAGAUUCACGAGCUAUGAUCAAUUCACUGCUCUAAUAAGUUCUCAAAGUUAAUUGACAAUUCUUUAUAAUUGUUUAAUAUUAUAAAAAUAAUUACUUAACCUCAACUGUAAAAAGUUUUGCCGACAAUUAACGAAAGUUAUGCAAGAAAUUUUAAAAAGUUUUAAGUGAAAUUAUAUCAGUAAUUUUCUUCGACACGCUUGUUUACUAAUUGAAUUAUUUCGUUUAAAAUGUCGAAUAUUUUACGAGCGUACAAACAAUUAAUAGUUAAGUAUCCUUUAGGAAUGCAAGCUUUGCAAGCAGGUGCUCUCAUGGGAUUGGGCGAUCAAUUUGCACAAAACUUAGUUGAAAGAAAAUCUUUCAAAGAAUUGAAUUUCGAUAGGACAGCAAAAUUUUUUGCAAUAGGCUUUUGCAUUGCAGGUCCUGCUACCAGAACUUGGUAUGGAAUUUUAGACAGAUAUUUUGGUUCAAAAGGAGCUACAACUGUCAUUAAAAAAGUUGCCUGUGAUCAAUUUCUUUUUGCGCCAGCAUUUAUAGUAGUCUUGUUAAGUGCAAUAGGUUUAUCUCAAGGAAAAAAUAUCCAUGAACUCAAAGGUACUCUAGAAAAUGAAUAUCCAGAAAUUCUCUACAAUAAUUAUAAAUUAUGGCCGUGGGUACAAUUAGUUAAUUUUUACAUUGUACCUUUGAACUACCAAGUUUUGGUAGUACAAUUUGUUGCUUUGAUAUGGAAUGCAUACAUUUCAUACAGAACUAAUAAAGAAGAUUGACCUAUAACUACUCAAUUUAUCACACUAUUUAAUUUUUAAUAAUUUUAUGUAAGUGUUAAUCUCUAUGUUAAAUUAGUUGUAAAAUAGUCUGAAAUAUUUCAUUUCUAUAAUUGUUUAAUGUAAGCUGACAUUUGUACAAAAAAAGUUGAAGAUAUUCAAAUUUGUAUAGAUAUUUAAUGUAAAAAUUUGUGAAAGGAAUUGUAAAAAUUAUCCAUUUGGGCUUCCAUGUCAAUAGAUAUUUGUAUUUUUGUAAAGUGCUUAGAAAAGAAUAACAACAAAUACAUAUUUUUGCCAUAAAUCAGUAGUAUCAACAAUAAAAUAUGAAGUUCUAGGUUUUACAGUUUUUACAAGCCAAAGUCUCCACUAGUCUAUGAAAUUUUUAACUUUUUCAAUUGCAAAGUGCCCCUUAUACAUAUUAAAAGCUAAA